AUGUCGCUGUUUCACGUGGCUCACGGCAGAAUGAGAGAGAAGACGGUCCUGCAGCGGCUCAUCAUGGCCGCUCGGCUCCCCGGCGAAGCUGCUGACAGGACAGAGCUGGGAGCUCAUUAUGAAAACCUCAUCUUCCAGUUGAGCAAACAGCAGGUUGGGGCCCACGUCACAGGCCUGCUGCUGAUUUAUCCCUCCUGCCUGCUGCAGGUUGUCGAAUCGACCAGGGAAAUCCUCAUGUCUGUUCUGAGAGACGUCACAGAGCUGCAACAGCAAAAAGACAGCGUCCUGCUGGACGUGAAGGUCGUCUUCGUGGCCCAUAACCCUCCGGAGCGGCUGUUCCAGCAGUGGAGCUUCAAGGUGUUGGAUGCUGGUCAGGUGGUGGGAGACGCCGCGGUGAAGAGACCCGAGGAGGACGAGGACAGCACGGAGACUCUGGUUUGCGGCGUCCUGUCGGCGUUGCAGAAGCUGAGCGCGGAGCUUGAGAUUUCCCAGAAGCCUCUGCCCGGCUCGGUGCUGGACCAGAGCCCGGAGCUGGCCGUCCCUCAGCAGAUCCUGGAGAAGCUUCUGGAUCGAGACCAACUCCAGAGUCCACGGCAACAUCUGGACAUGUACGCCUCGCCGCCGCACAUCAGCCUGUAG